AGGGCUGGGAGAGCCAGGGAGCUUAUCAGACUCACAGGGGAGCCAGAGGGAGUCUGACUGACUGGGCUGGCGGUCGCGGACACACACUUCAGCGCUGCAGGGGAGGCAUAUAAAACCUCUCUCACACACAGCGUCCAGCCGUCUGGCACACUCCACACUUCACUGAAGGGCUCCCUUCGUCUUGAGUCGAGUUUCGCACCGCAGAGAAUUAUUCCUCCAGGACACCACUGGACUUCACUUCAAAAGGGGGGAAAAGGCAGUUGGUGUGGACAGUGUGUGAACAAAGAAAUUGUCAUUUGUGAUUUUUUUGGAGUUCAAAUAAUUUUUGUGAUAUGGAUGUUAACCGCGGAUGGGAACUAUCCAUCUAAUUGCAGAGAAAAAGCUAAAAAGCUGUAAAUUUUUUUGUCCUUCAUAAUUUAUUCCCCAGAAAUAUUGAAAGAAUAAGGUAUUGAGUGAAGAUGGACUCCUUACUCACCUCAGAGAUGUUUUACAAUGUGGGGUUGAUCUCUUUUCCCAACAAUAGUUACAUGGACAAAGACAUGUAUCUACAGGAUAAUCUGGACAUGUUCGGUGUGACCAUGGCCGUUCUUUACCUGUUUGUGUGCAUUGUAGGCCUGGCUGGGAACACCUUGGUCAUUGUGGCCAUCUUAAAGCUAGACAAGAUGGCUUCCGCCACCACAGUAUACAUCUUCAACCUGGCCUUGGCAGAUGGUCUCUUCAUGGUUGGCCUCCCGUUCAUCGCCAUCCAGAACUUCCAGAACUACUGGGCGUUUGGGGACCUGGCCUGCAAGCUGGUCAUGGUCCUGGACGGCAUCAACCAGUUCACCAGUGUCUUCUGCCUGACCGUGAUGAGCAUUGACCGCUACAUGGCGCUAGUCAACCCCCUGCGAUUUGCCCGAUGGCGCACGCCCAGACGGGCCCAGAUUGUCAGCGGCUUCCUGUGGCUGUUCUCUCUACUGCCCGUCUUCCCCAUGGCCAUCCACUUCUCAGCCAGGGAUGACCUAUGUACUGUGGACCCUCAUGUGGUCUUCUACACAUGGUGGCUGGCCUUCCUCAGCUACACCUUUGUCCUGGGCUUCGCUCUGCCUUUCCUGAUCAUGAUUGUCUCCUACACCGCGCUGGUGGUCACUAUGAGGACCCACCGCCGCCAGGCCAGUUCCCCAGGACAGGAGAGCAAUCGCCUGGAGACCCAGGUCACCAAGAUGGUGGUGUCAGUGGUGCUGGUAUUCGCCGUGUGCUGGCUGCCGUUCUACGCCUUCAACUUUUGCUCACUGUUUGGCUCAGACUUGACCUUCGUCAGGGGCUUUGAGUUUGUGGUGCUGCUGUCCUACUCCUGGAGCUGUGCCAAUCCCAUUCUGUAUGCCUGUCUCUCAGAAACCUUGAGGGGCCACUUCCUCACACUCCUCUGCCCCGCAAAGAGGUCUACCAGCAUGCACUGCCACCCCGACACGGAGCACUAUGACCUCAACAACACAAGUGAAAGGGACAUCAGUGUGGUGGCAUGAAGAAGCCAGGAAAUCACAUCAAUUCAGAAAUUUGGGAACUUUUUCUAUGCAUGCCAAUUUCCCCUAUCAAUUAUGGACUUAAUUUUGUGACUUGUGUAUUUAAAGGAAGUUGGGUAACAAUUGCUUUUUUUGUAGUUUUAGAAGUACAGCUCUUGAUUUUCUGCAGGACAAUAGACCUUGUAUUUCCACUCUGAGUAGUUUUUUAUUUCAUUUCCUACAAGGCUUCUCUCGGUUCAUACCUCUUUUACUUCAUUUUCCAUCACUAAUGAAAUGAGGUAUAAAUGAUCCCACAAGAGGCAUAGAUAGAUCCCAGAUAUCAUUUACUGUAUGUGACACAGGACAAGACAAUAAGAGUUCCUAAGAGUUCACUUCUUUAAGAGUUCCUUAAAGAAGUGCACCUAAUGAUGACAAGUUUGCUCUGUGCCUUUCAUUCAGGUUGUCUGAAAGUAAUCACAUAGUCGUCCAUAUCAUCAUCAUCACUUUUAUGAUUACAAUCAUCGUCAACAAUUGUUGAAUUUACGACCAUCUUAUUGUUUAAAUUUGUUUCUGAAAUUACUAAUAUUGUUUAAUGGAUAUGUAUUGUUGCUUCAGCCUCACAUACGAACCUACUCACUGGCUUGUUUUUGACACCUAGGACCACUUUUAAUCCACAAUACAAAGUGCAGGAUUUACAGAAUGCUCGUAGAGGAGUUCCACUGGCUAAAAAGUGCUUCCCAUCAAGGGAACAUCGACAUAUUUUAAAGUUGUGUGCUUCCGGUUAGUUUUUUAUUUUUGUAAUGCCAAAGGAUUUGUCUACACAUUUUUGUGUAAAAACUAGCCAGAACAGGACCCUAUACUGGCCAGUUCUGUGUGUAUGGAUGGCCCCAAGCCCCCCUGAACUCUAAUUAAAACAUUGACGGUCAGUGACUUCCCAUUUCAACGUCUAAGGCCAAUGGGGGCAUGUUUGAUUUACGUGUCAUCAUUCUGGCUGUAAACUAUAUGAAGGACAGAGAGUCUACUUUGACUCUGAGUAAGUGUUAUUCUGUGGUGUGCAAAUCCAUAGGGAUUCACGGUAUCUGGAAAAAGGUCCACUGAGGUGACUGUAAUUGAAACGUUUUCUCCUAUGAGGUUUUAAUUAUAGACUUGGCUUAACAUUGCACACGGCUCAUUUUCUUUGUUAUUUCUGCUGGAUACCAUUGAACAUUUACCCUUUCUUCUGUAAUUAGAAGCAGCUGUCAACUGCCUAUGAGAGAUUCUAAUAAAGAACAGUGAUCGGUGUG